GACGCAAGAUGGCAAGUAAAGAGAUGUUUGAAGAUACUGUGGAGGAGCGCGUCAUCAACGAAGAGUAUAAAAUCUGGAAGAAGAAUACACCGUUUCUAUAUGACCUGGUUAUGACCCAUGCUCUGCAGUGGCCCAGUCUUACGGUUCAGUGGCUUCCUGAAGUGACUAAACCGGAAGGAAAAGAUCAUGCCCUUCAUUGGCUAGUCCUGGGGACUCACACAUCUGAUGAGCAGAAUCAUCUGGUGGUUGCUCGAGUACAUAUUCCCAAUGAUGAUGCGCAGUUUGACGCUUCCCACUAUGAUAGUGACAAGGGUGAAUUUGGUGGCUUUGGUUCUGUAACAGGAAAAAUUGAAUGUGAAAUUAAAAUUAAUCACGAAGGAGAAGUAAACCGUGCCUGUUACAUGCCGCAGAAUCCUCAUAUCAUUGCUACAAAAACACCAUCUUCUGAUGUCUUGGUUUUUGACUAUACAAAACACCCUGCUAAACCAGACCCAAGCGGAGAAUGCAAUCCUGAUCUUGUGUUAAGAGGUCACCAAAAGGAAGGCUAUGGUCUUUCCUGGAAUUCUAAUUUGAGUGGACAUCUCCUAAGUGCAUCUGAUGACCAUACUGUCUGUCUGUGGGAUAUAAAUGCAGGACCAAAGGAAGGCAAAAUUGUGGAUGCUAAAGCAAUCUUCACUGGCCACUCGGCUGUUGUGGAGGAUGUGGCCUGGAACCUGCUCCAUGAGUCGUUGUCUGGAUCGGUUGCUGAUGAUCAGAAACUUAUGAUAUGGGAUACCAGGUCCAAUACCACCUCCAAGCCGAGUCACUUGGUGGAUGCACAUACCGCCGAGGUCAACUGCCUCUCAUUCAAUCCCUACAGCGAGUUUAUUCUAGCAACUUGCUCUGCUGAUAAGACUGUAGCUUUAUGGGAUCUGCGUAACUUGAAAUUAAAACUUCAUACCUUUGAAUCUCAUAAGGAUGAAAUUUUCCAGGUCCACUGGUCUCCACAUAAUGAAACUAUUCUGGCUUCAAGUGGUACUGAUCGCCACCUGAAUGUAUGGGAUUUAAGUAAAAUUGGAGAAGAACAAUCAGCAGAAGAUGCAGAAGAUGGGCCUCCGGAACUCCUGUUUAUUCAUGGAGGACACACUGCCAAGAUCUCAGAUUUUAGUUGGAACCCCAGUGAGCCUUGGGUCAUCUGCUCCAUGUCUGAGGAUAACAUCAUGCAGAUAUGGAAAAUGGCCAAAAAUAUUUACAAUGAUAAAUAA